AUGACACUCCGGGUCGGCACCCGAACGAACAAUGUGAAUACCUCUGCAAGCAAAAAGAGGCCCAUCAAUUUACUCAAGGGAUGGCCAAAUCCGAGCCUUCUGCCCCCAUGCCAACUCGAAGAUGCGUCUACUCAUAUUCUCUCCGAUCCUAGGAAUAAAGAUGUAUUAUUCUACGGACCAGAUGAAGGUUAUCAGCCAUUGAGGGGAGAAAUCGCCAAAUGGCUCAAUGAUUUCUACCAACCCAGAGAGCCGAUUUCAUGUGGAAGAAUAUGUAUCAGUGGCGGUGCCAGCCAGAAUCUGGCCUGCAUCUUGCAGACGUUUACUGACCCCAUUUUUACCCGGAAUAUCUGGAUGGUCGCUCCCACAUACUAUCUGGCUUGUAGGAUCUUUGCAGACUCCGGCUUCGAUGAACGGAUGAGGGCUGUCCCCGAAGAUGCGGAAGGGAUUGACCUUGCAUAUCUUGAACAUGGCCUUCGAGAAAGUGAGCAGCGAGCAUUGGCAGAGAACAACACAUCUCCGCGCAUCAAACUCCCAAAGCCGUGGAGGAAGAUAUACAAACAUGUCAUCUAUGCGGUACCCACGUUUGCCAACCCGUCAGGCCGGAUCAUGAGCCUGGGUCACCGACAAGACCUGGUGAGACUCGCGAGAAAAUACGAUGCCUUGAUCGUAACGGAUGAUGUAUAUGACAUGCUUCAAUGGCCUUCGGAUCCCAACGCAGGCACUCGCAAAAUGGACAGGGCGGUACUUCCACGAAUAGUUGACGUGGACCGGGAGCUUGACGGUGGCCCGGUGGAUGCAUAUGGGAAUGCGGUCAGUAAUGGCAGUUUCAGCAAGAUUGUAGGACCAGGCGUUCGAACUGGAUGGGCUGAAGGUAGUGAAGCACUGGCCUAUGGUAUCUCACAAACAGGAUCAAGCCGAUCCGGAGGUUGUCCUUCGCAGCUCGUUGCCUCGUUCAUCUAUCAGAUGCUAUCUACAGGGGUCUUGCAGAAACACAUUUUCCAAGAACUUCAGCCGGCAUACGCUCGACGAUAUCACCGGAUAAUGAAAGCCGUGGUGCGGGAGUUAUUACCCUUGGGUUUGACAAUGCCUCAGGCCGACCAAGACGUUGCCGGAGGUUAUUUCAUCUGGUUGACAUUGCCAAAGCCACUGAAUUCAUCUGAGAUAUAUAACAGGGCAUUGGAAGAAGAAAACUUGACGAUUAUUGCCGGACCAAAAUUCAGGGUCGAUGGUGAUGGGCAGAACACAGCAACGAGGUUUAACAGAGACUUUCGGCUUUGCUAUGCUUGGGAUGAGGUGGAUAUGCUUGAGGAGGGAGUGGUUCGAUUAGCUCGGGUAAUAGAAAGGGAGAUGAACACAUCAGAUGAGAGAUGA